AUGACCUCAGAAGGUAACCCUGAAUCCUCUUUGGUAAAUUUCCUAUUAAAAUUCGGACAUUCGACUUUGCUCAGUAAUGAAAUUAUCAUGGUGGAAAAAGUCAUAGAAAUAAUAAAUACACACAUCCAAAAACUUAGGAGUUUCCAGAUUGAAAGAGCUAACUUGAGUGUUUCUAGCAAAAUGAAAGCAAACACAAACCAGACACUUUACUACAAAGUUCGUUUCAACAGUGAUAAAGAGAUCACAAAAAUUGUUGUGAAGGUCCGUCCCUUCAGUCCUUCCAUCUUGGCCUUGCUAGUGAUAUGGACUAGAUCAAAUGCCAUGGCAGCCAAAAGGAUUCAGAUUCCAAUGACCCGUGAAAAUCUGUCUUCCAUAAGCCAGCAUACCUUCCCCAGGCCUUCAGUUGUAUGCACAGCUCCUGAUGAAGAUGCAAGCCAUGGAGAAGGGAACCCCCCUGCCCCUGCCCCCGGCCCAACACCAGCCAGACGUUGGGGCAAAAGCUCAUUGGUCUUCACUAUACAAAAAGUUGAGAAGAGAGUCAGAUCAGUACCUCAGCGUGCCUGGAACUCUUCCUUUUCAAAAUUGCAGGUGACAAAAAGGCCUACUUCAUCCCCCUCACUUCCAUUUAUUAAGCACCCAUCUUGUGCCCAGCAAUGUGCUAAACAUUUUACAUUCUUUUAUGAAAUCCUCAUGAGCUUUUGGGCUUCUUUGGAGUGCGAGCAGGAGAAGGUGGAGGAUCCAGAAGGCUUGAUGGCAAACCCAGAUCCUCAGAGCCAGAUCUUGGGCAUGCCUGGAAGUGAGGUGGGAAGAAGCUUUGUUGCUGUGGCACUGAAGAUGCUCCCCUAGCAUCCUCAUCCUGCUGGGAAAAGGCAGCCCAGGGCGGACACCUCCCUCCAAGGCAGUCUGGCAGGAGUGUCCCUUCCUCUGCUUGCUGGGGCUCUCACCCAUCUCCCCUCAAACAGAUGAAGCAAGGUUUGCUCCUUGCCCCCCCUUCCACCCACCCAGCUUUUCCAUAAGGUUUGUUCACAGGCCCCUCAGAGGCUGAGGGUGAAUGCUCCCUCACAUUGA